GACAGCACACAUGGUACCUUACUGUCACUUUAGUACUUGCUAUGCAUGCUGGGUCAACCAACCCGCGAGAGUCUCAGCUAACUUCCUCCCCACCAAGGGACCGUCUGCCCGCGUCCGAACAACACCAUGCAUGCGUCAUCUGGCCCGAACACUCCUGCGACGAACCCGAGGCUCUUCACCCCGCUCCCUUGAGGCCAAGCACAGCAAGCGCUCGAGCACAGCUGCUGCGUCUGAUGGUUUGCCUGUUGCUAGUCUGCAUUUCGUCGGCUGCUCGGGAACACUUCCACCAUGGCUCCCCUCAGAAGGACGGGCUCUUGCACCGACAUCGACUUUACGCUGAAGCGUCAAUUCAAGAAAGAAGCAUUUAGGCCCACCCAGAGGGAAGUCAUAGUGGCCGCACUCGAGAGACACGAUGUUUUUGUCCAGGCCGCCACCUCGUUCGGGAAGAGCCUGUGCUUCCAGCUCCCAGCGGUAAUAGACCACGGGAUCACAAUCGUGGUUUCACCGCUACUAAGUCUGAUGAUGAACCAAGUCGAGGCACUCAAGGCUGCCAAUGUAGAUGCUAGGACGCUAAACAGCACUACCCCUCGUGAUGAGAAGGAGCACAUCUACCAGGAACUCGCGUCUGGCCAUCCACGGAUCAGACUGCUCUACGUAACGCCGGAGCUCUGCUCGACGGACUAUUUCCGCAAGAAGCUCCAGUUGGUGCACAAACAGAAAGAGCUGGCCCGUGUCGCUGUCGAUGAGGCCCAUUGCAUUUCCGAGUGGGGUCAUGACUUUCGGAAGGACUUCAAGCGCCUCUCUUGGUUCCGAGAGGCGUUCCCAGAUGUGCCCAUCAUGUGUCUUACAGCAACCGCCAACGAGCAGGUCCGCCGCGACGUCUUGGCCACAAUGGGCCUUCUGGGAGGCAGCGAUCCGGACAGACUGAAGACCUUUUCCACCACGGCCUUUCGUCCAAACCUCCACAUAGAGGUCCGCUUUACCAGCGACGAGGCGAAUGACCGCUUUGACAACUUUCUCGUCUGGCUCCGGGGAGUUCACAAGCGCAGGAAGGAGGCCGAGCGGCUCCAGGAGCUCGACGAGCUCGGCGAGCGCUUCGAUGGCAUUUCUGGUAUCAUCUACACCAUCUCGCGGGGCGAGUGCGAGUCGCUGGCCUCGGCACUGCGCGAGCAAGGGAUAGGCGCGCAACCCUUCCACGCGAAGCUGACCAAAGAGGUCAAGGAGACGACGCUGGCCCGCUGGAUCGCCGGCAAGCCCGGCUACGACGUCAUCGUGGCCACGACGGCGUUCGGGAUGGGUAUCGACAAGGACAACGUGCGCUACGUCGUGCACUGGCGCGUGCCAAAGUCCUUCGAGGGCUACUACCAGGAGGCGGGCCGGGCGGGCCGCGACGGCAGGGCGUCGUACUGCUUCCUGUACUACAGCCGCGAGGACCGCGACCGCACCUGGAGUCUUGUGGCGCGCGGCGACAGCUCCGGCUCUUCGUCGUCCGCCGAGAGCAGGGCGGCCCGCAUGCAGAGCUUCCAGCGCCUCGUGGCCUACUGCGAGAAUACCGGCGGCUGUCGGCACGCGGCCGUGUGCAGGUACUUUGGGGAGGAUGCGACGCCGGACUGCGACUUUGCCUGCGACUGGCACAAGGACCCGCAGGACUUGAGGGAGAGGAUGAGGCGCGGGCUCGCGAGCGAGGAGUACGUGAGCACGCAGCGGGAGGAAGGCAUGUAUGACGGAUACGACGAAUAUGAUUAGCCGUGUUCUUUUGGGAACUCGGCUGGCUGGAUACCCCCUCCCAUAGAGGAUGUCGAUACCCAUCGUUGGUGUUAUUAAUAUGGUGCCCGUCUCAUGUUAUUGCGCUCUUGUUGCGAGCCAAUUGGGCCACCGUGCCAAAAGCGAAGGCCCCCGCUUAGUGGCUGGUAGCUACCAAGUGGGUCUAUAUCCGUUUGCGACAGCUCUAUUAUUCGAAACACUGUCUGAUGUUUACGUCGCUUUCCCAACCUGACAUCAGUCAUUUGAUGUCGCAUAUACGAUGACACUCGGAUGGAUGAAUUUAAACACCAUGAAAAUCUUAGCAGGCCUGCCUAGGUACUUACCUG